AUGCUUUGGUUGCGCUGGGGCGCCCUUUGCCGCCACCGACGCGAUGACGGCGAUGCGAUCACGUACCAUGUCUUUAAACAACGUACCGUACCGCACGAGUGUGGAACGGGCCCAGUGGCACUCUACGAUGUCAAGCAUCUGCCCAACGUGAAGCUCGUUGAGCCGCUCCAUGAUGACAGGGAAAAGGGCGUGCUCCUCAUCAGCUGA